AUGGCUGAACCCAGGGCUCGAGUUGCCCGUCACAAGGGCCAGAUGAACUUUCCCUCUGAACUUCGUCUUCUACUUCUUGCCUACGGCGAUCCGAGUCCUCAUCCGUCUUUUCCUGCGGAGCCUCUCCCCGAAACGGUCCGCGUACUCGAUGAGAUCGUGACCGAUUUUGUUCUUGAGAUGUGCCAUGGCGCAGCCCAGUAUGCCAGCUACUCGCGCCGUCAGAAGAUCAAGGUCGAUGAUUUUCGGUUUGCACUGCGUCGUGAUCCCAACAAACUGGGUCGUGUUCAGGAACUGUUGCGGAUGGAACGUGAACUCAAGGAGGCGCGGAAGGCCUUCGAUCAGAAUGAUGAUCAGGUGGGCAAUCUGAAAGAUGCUGGGAAAAAGGGUCUCGAGGAAACCGUGGACAGUGCGGAUGGUAAGAAGGGCAAGGGUAAGGGUAAGAGAGGUCCUAGACGCGAUUCGGAUGCUACGGAGGAUGCUAUUUCGAAGAAAAGAAAGGUCACUGUUUGA